CUAAGGCCACCUUGAAAUAGCAGCGGUCUCUUGCUGAACACUAGUCGGUUUGUGAGCAGUGAGGCCGGUGCCUAGGGGGGCUAUUGGAUCGACGCAAACGGGCCGCACGGCGGGUUUUCAUAAGUAGCUCCCCGUCUUCGAAGGACGUCGCUACGGAGCAUCAAGGUGCAAGCGAGUCAGUCUGAAGGAACCGCCAACAGACUGCCAUCCGUACCAACAUACCUGCCCCACGGACGGUCGGGCAUCCCUUAAUCCUACGAACAUGACCUGACUGUCUCCUGCCAAAUUUCUCAACCGCUUUGGGCACCCGAGUUUACCGCCGGCACGCAUAUGACAUAAUAUAUAAAUAAUAAAUGAACAAACUUUCCGAACGGGUAAACAAACAAGUUAAAUUCAAACACACUCGGGGUACCUGUAUGUGUGUGUUUAUUUUAUGGCACGGUAUGAUUUACCACGUGUGAAAAGAUCGUGCGAAUCUUUUUUUCGAAUUAGAUUAUGUAUUCGGGGAAGAGAAAGGGGGAAUAAACUUGACGCGUAAUCAUCUUGUACUGACCGCAGUAUUUGUUCGUUGUAUUGCCAACUGAUUCAAAUACUGAUCGCGAUAGUUUUUCGCAUCGAACGAGGCGUGUAGUCGACGAACGAGGAUGUGUGUGAAAGAAACGCGGUUUCAAAUUGUCUUCGCAAUUAUCCUACAAUAUGUUUAAGAACGUGAAGUAAUUUUCGGUAUUUCGUUUCGAAACAAAUUCAUUCGAGGCUCAACCUUGACAGCAGUGUGCUGUUCAGAACCAAAAAGAUGACGGAAAUCACGAAGUUUCGAGCAACACUUCUGCUAUUGUGCAAUGUUGUUGUCCUGACUAUUGGAAGUCCCGUGUUCAUGCCGCAAUUUCUUCCUGGAGGUGCGGGCAGACACAUCAGGCACUUACCGUGUGUUUCAAGGAGAAGUGGAGAACAAGGAGUAUGCAUGUUUGCGUUUACGUGUGCAAAAGCAAAUGGAACGCAUUUGGGAACUUGCAUUGACCGUUUCUAUUUCGGAAGCUGCUGUAAGAUCAAUAAAGAACCGGAAAUCUUUCCUCAAGACAAUACGAUCGACGACAGCUCGAUUAAUUCCUAUCUUACCAAUCACGAGUCCAUAGACAAUAAUAACAUACCAGAAUACUCACCAAAACCGUCUCAGACGCCUACCAGAAUUACUGAGGCUCCGGUUACGACAACACAGACUCCGGUUAUCACCGAGAAACCUGUGAAAAUUGCCGACAAAUUGCCCGUGGCAACAACGCACGCACCAGUCUCAGAACCAGUCAAAUUUACUUCAAGACCAACUAACAAAUAUACACGAAAGCCAGUCCCAGACUCCACAACUGAGUCCGUAAGCUUAUCCACCUUCCAAACGGUUGAAAAUAGUCCAACCAAAAGGCCGACUACAAAGUAUCCUCAGAAAAUAACGACAGUUGCACCAGCAACAACUCAUUCGAAACCACGUCCUUCUAGCAAUAGACCAAUUUCUUCUGUGAAACCCAACCAGAAGCCAACUACUUCAAACAGUACGAAAAUUGGUACAAACACAACCAUCAAACCAUCAGUCUAUAAACCACAGAAUGGGGGGUUGACGCCGAUUGAUACGAGGACUACGACAGUAAAACCAAUUUUGACUACAACUCAGAGGUCUACUGUCAGUGCGACUAGGUUCCCUCCUCGAAACGCUACCACAACGACGACAACAACUAGGCCGACCAGACCGACGCCUGUCAGAAGACCGACUUCAACGACCACGAAGCGACCUGCCAGUACACCGGCUAAAAGAGUUACCACAACAUCGACGACUCCGAAGACGCCGGUCACUAAGCGACCAGUGGCUUCCGGAGUGAGUGUCACUGUCGCUAGCAGACCACCGACGGUAUUAGGAAUAAAAAAUGUUACCGCCACUGUGCCGGCGACGGUGGGCAUUCCUGUUGGUGGUCAAAAGCCGACUACACCAGGGAAGCGGCCGACGGUAGCAGUGCAGGGUAGGCCGACAGCGGCAACCACGAUAGGCGUCAACAAGCGGCCGACGACGCCAUCCACUAAACCAGCAUCAUCUACAGUGUCUUCCACAGUCGGUGGAGGUUCAAGUAAACCAGCGACUACGUCUCCUAAACCACCCUCGACUAGGCCAAGACCAAAACCAACCACCCAAAUACCUGAAUUUCCAAUAACUAAAGCUCCGGUACAAAAGCCAGCCCCGACUAUCGUCACUACUACCUCUACCACCACCACUACCACUACCACAACCAAGAGACCCAUUGCUUCUUCAUCUCGACCGAGACCAACACUGACGACGGUGGCUCCUUCGGACACGGCUGGUAUUUUCUCAUUGAUCAACGAUGUCAUUUUCUCAGAAGAUACAACGAAUCAAGUUCUAGACCUCAACACCAACAAGGUGGAGACCACCAGCUAUUCGCCGGGUCUGGUGACUUGGAUGUCAAACUCGGACGAUACUACUACCAGAUCCCCAGUGAUUCCAACCGCUGUAACGGAACUAGAAGAACCAACAAAUACCGAAUGGACGCCAAUUACGACACCGGACGGUUGGAUACUGAUCCAGUCUCCAGCGCCGAGUGAUCCUCCAGAAAUUGAAGAUAAACCAACUGCGAGACCAACUCCAAAGCCAAUGACGUCGUCUCCCGUUACUGAUAAGCCAACGACAGUGCCAACUUCCACAACGCAGCGAUCACCGACAAGACCUUCUCUGCCGACCGUCGCUACGACACCCUCAACAACCGACAACUAUGUACCGACGGUAGAAUUGAACAUGUCCGACUACAAGCAAGUAUGCGGCAGACGGUUCUUCCCAGAGUCAAGGAUCGUUGGCGGCGCCAAGAGCUCCUUCGGAAAAUGGCCCUGGCAGAUAUCAUUGAGACAGUGGCGAACGUCAACCUAUUUGCACAAAUGCGGAGCAGCCUUACUGAAUGAGAACUGGGCUAUAACAGCGGCUCACUGCGUCGAGAAUGUAGCUCCGAGCGAUUUAUUGCUCCGGCUGGGUGAGCAUGACCUGGAAAGCGAAGAUGAACCCUACGGCUUCCAGGAACGACGGGUGCAGAUUGUCGCAAGCCACCCACAGUUCGACCCUCGUACUUUCGAGUAUGACCUCGCUCUUCUGCGCUUCUACGAACCUCUGUUACCAUUCCAGCCGAACACUGUUCCCAUUUGUUUGCCUGACGAUGACGCAAACUACGUUGGACUCAUGGCACACGUCACUGGCUGGGGGCGACUAUAUGAAGGUAUAGAUGGGCCACUUCCGUCAGUUUUGCAAGAAGUUUCAGUGCCUGUGAUUAACAACACUGUUUGCGAAGGAAUGUACAGAAGUGCUGGUUACAUCGAACACAUACCGAAAAUAUUCAUUUGUGCCGGAUGGAGGAAAGGAGGCUUCGAUUCCUGCGAGGGCGAUAGCGGAGGACCACUAGUGAUUCAAAGGCCUAGGGACAAGCGAUGGAUCCUCGCAGGUGUGAUAAGCUGGGGAAUCGGAUGUGCCGAGCCAAAUCAGCCGGGUGUCUACACGAGGAUUUCAGAAUUCCGAGAAUGGAUAAACCAGAUUCUUCAGUUCUAGCGGAAUUGGAUGCGCACGACGAAAUCGUCGAGUCAUUAUCUAGUGCAUGCGGUGGAAAUUAGUUAACGCGCAUGGUGACGAAACCAGUUUACGAUGCCGGAAAAUGGCUGUCGAGAUACUGGAUGAAUGUACGUUCCACCGCUUGAAGAUAUCAGUUUAAUUAAUUAUCCGUGUCGGUGUCGAUAAUUAGCCCACCGGUUUUGACGUUUAAAUCACGAUCCCUUAAAGGCGAACGAUAAGUUCAUAGUCGGAAGAGGAAUCGAACUAAUUACCAGUUAUGAACGAACAUUCUAAGAAUGCGAAUUGGAUAUAAAUAAUUGCAUUGACCGCGGUCAUAUAUGCCUAAUUUAAAUAAUUAAUUAUAAUCGAUAUAUACAAACUUUGUCGAUCAAGAAAUGCUUAUAUAUAUAUAUAGCACACGUUAUACUCUUAUUUAUAUAUUUAUAGGCCAUAGUAACGAUUAACCGAGUUUACAGACUGUCUGAUGAAAGCGUUUGUAUGUCAAGUUCCGAUGAUUUAAAACACAUAAAGAUAUACUCGGGCGUAGACGUUUAUCGGAUGCUUUGCCGGCUCAUCCAGGAUCUCUUUCACACGAACAAACGUACUUUUUCACGGAAUAAGUACUCGGAGAGAGUUGGCGAACACACGGCUACUCCCAACUCUCUGUAGCACCUCAAAUGUCUUUAUUCACAUACCUUAUUACAUAUACACGUACUCACAAGCCAUUUGGCGACCGAGGGGGGUUCAAAGAGCAGCUUUAAUCUCUCGACAUAUCACUUAAUUUAAGUUCCAAUUUUAUUUAUACCUUUCUCGUCGUAUUAAAUAAUUUAUUCUGUAACUGACCUAUUCUUACCCUGGAUAUAACACGUGAUAUAUCCUACUUUCUGUAAAUAUAAAACUUGAAAUAAUGGUGCGCUGUGUGUUUCAAUGUCUUAUCGAUUUAUAGAAUUUUAUACCGGUCGUGAGUUAGUUAUUAAAAGAAAUUUGUAUAAAUUA